GACUGUUUGGGUCACGCCGCCAGGCAGCCAAAGAGGCCGUCUAGCAAUUUGGUGCCCCAGCGCUGGGCCUGACGCCUCGGGACCCCUGUCCCAGCCCAAUUGAGCCCCCCACACGCCGAUCAAGCAAUCCACAAGCUUUAGGGGAGGGCAGGUGUCUGCGCCCUGACCUGCGACAUGGCUGGCGAGGAAACUGAGGCCGCAGCUGCAGGCAAGACAGCAGAUGCGGGCGCCACUGCAGCCGGCCAGGCCGGGGAGGGCGGCGCUGAGCUCGCCUCGGAGCUGAGCAGGCGCAUGUCCACAGCCAGGGUUAGGCUGGAUCUCGAGGAGGAGGCGGCGCGCAAGGCGGCCAAGAGCAUCCAGCUGUCGACCAUUGCCAAGGCGGCCGUCGCUGGCUGGGUGGGCAUGAUGGCUGUGGGCAUCAAGUGGCUCAACCUGGUCAGCGCCGAGCUGUUCCUGGGGUCGGCCCUGGGCGUGGUGUGGGGCAUCGGCCUGGCCGUCAUGUACCAGCUCACCAAGAAGCGCAAGGCGGAGCGCGGGCAGCUGCUCGCUGUGAUCCCGGGGGCCAAGGGCAUGCAGGAGCUGCUGCACAACAUCCCCACCUGGAUAUCCUUCCGCGACACAGAAAAGAUGGAGUGGCUCAACCGCAUCCUUGAGAAGACGUGGCCUUACUACGAUGAGGCUAUCUGCAAGACAAUCAAGGAGCAAGUGGAGCCUCUGAUGAUGAAGUUCAAGCCGCCGGGCCUCAUCAAGAAGAUCUACUUCCAGAAGCUGACCUUUGGGGAUGACCCCUUCAGGGUGGAGGGCAUCCGAGUGGACAAGGAGAACAAGGAGGAGGUCUGCAUCGAGGUGGACUACCGUUGGGCGGGCGAUGCCAACAUCUUUCUUGCCAUCGAGCUGCCGGCGGGCGGACAGGCCACCCGCUUGGUGCCCAAGGUCUCAAACCUGGCGGUCAGCGGCACGCUGCGCGUCAUCCUCAAGCCGCUGGUGCCCGAGAUCCCCGGCUUUGGCGCGGCGGUGGUGUCGCUGCGCAAGCCGCCCAUCGUGCGCUUCAGCCUGGACUUUGGAAAGUCGAUGGGCGGCGGCUACACGGCGGGGGCCAUUAAGGCCUGGCUGGACCCGUUCCUACGUGAGACGGUGUCUGGCAUGAUGCUGUGGCCGCGCCGCAUGGUGAUCCCCAUCCUGCCAGAGGCGGUGACGGGGCCGCUGGACGACCUGUACCUGCGGCACAAGGGCGCUUUGCAGAUUGACGUCGUUGAUGCACGCAACCUGCCCCGCAUGGACACAAUGGGCACAACCGAUGCCUUCCUGGAGCUCUUCACUCUGGUGGACCCCAAGAAACCAGAUUCGGUUGAGAAGACCAAGGUCAUUAAGAACACGCUCAACCCGGUGUGGAACGAGCGCCACUGGCUGCUGGUGCAGGAGCCCACCACCCAGUCGCUGCACGUGGAAUGCUUCGACCGAGACUACCUCAACGCUAAGGAGCUGGUGCGGCUGAAUGUGUUCAAGGGCGCCACCAGCCUGAUCAACGCCAAGGACUUCAUCGGGCGCUGCCGCAUCGACAUCGACGAGCUGGCAGACCGCCCCUGCCAGACGGUGGACAAGCAGAUGCCGCUGGGCAAGGGGGAGUUCUCAAACGAGGACGGAUGCGGCGGCGGCUUUGGCGAGCUGCACCUCAAGGUCACCUACUGGCCCUUUGAGCUGAUCGACUUCCACAAGGAGGCCAGCACGGGCGCGGUCAUCAUCACGCUCAUGAGCUGCGCCGACCUGCCCGCCGCCGACAUCACUACCUCCGACCCUUACGUGGAGUUCAAGCUGAACAAGGAGACGCUGAAGUCGUCGACGGUGAUGAACUCGCUCAACCCCAAGUGGACCGGCACCAGCUUCGACUUCUUCAAGGUGCCGGCCGCGGAGACGCUGGCGGUCAAGGUUUGGGACUAUGAUGCCAUGAGUAGCGACGAGCUGCUGGGGUCGGUUGAUAUCGACCUGCGGGAGGCACAGCAGGCGCCCCACGGCGACAUCACCAAAACCUGGCGCCUCGAGGCGGUGACCACCGGCUGGUUUGGCGGCAGCACGGCCGUGGACCCCAAGAGCUCCUCCACCUCCUCCAUCACCAUGCGCAUCCAGUGGGUGCCUUUCAAGUACACCACGCAGGCCGACCUGACCGUGGUAGCAGCGGCCGCCGCCGCCGCCGCCGCCGGCUGCGGGCCGCCACAGCACCGCAGCCUCAACUCGCGUGUGCGUGCCGACGUGCGGUUCGCCAUCGAGACACAGCGCAGCGUGGAGGUGCUGUGGCUGGACUUUGCCGGCGCCCCGCAGUGCUACUAUCCCCAGCAGCCCUUGCCCGGCCCUCCGCUCUACCACUGGCAGCUGGCGCAGCGGCCGCCGCCGCUGCAGGUCGCCAUCCGCGAUGCGCAGCGCGCGCCCUGGUCCCCCGCCGUGCACGCCCACGCCCCGCCCGCCUUCCGCCAGGCCGCCUCCGCGCUGCUGCUGUGCGCGCACCGCCUGCGGCGGCAGCCGGGGCAGCAGCCAAGGCAGCGGCGCGGGCCGCUGACACGCAGCCGCAGAGCGGCGCAGGCGGCAGCCCAGGCGGAGAGCGGCUGCGGCCUUACUGACCUGCCCCAGGCGAGAACCGCGGCUCAUCCAGAUGUUCUGGUGCUGGUGCUGGCAUUCGCGGCGCCCAGCAUUGUGCUGCUGAAGAAGCCGCCUGUGCCGCACGGCGUGGUGCCGGGGCUGCUGCCGGCGGGCGCCAGGGAGCACCUGUUUGAGGCGGAGGGCGGCGGUACUGGAGGAGGCGGCGGCGACGGCGACGGCGGCGGAGGAGCCGCGGAUCCAUGA